UACAGAGUUUGGAUUAUUUUCGAAGUUCUAAAAUAAGUUCUCCGACGUCCGCUAGCGGCACGCGGCGCGGAAGACGUGCGAGGGAGGAAGGACCCGGAUUUAGCAGCGGGCUUCGCUGUGAUACGCAGUGUGCCGAGCAGCAGGAAAGGCAUCGCCGAGUGUUUCGGCUGGUUCGUCAUUCGGUCAACCUUGCUCACUUACGCCGGAUUGUAUCUCGCUCUCUCCUCACACCAAGUAUCAUGGAUCGCUCAACAGUGGGAUUUACUAUAAUAAUGUGUUUUCUAUUUCAAGGUGUGACGUCACAGACGUGCAACACGACGCACGCGGAGGUGUGUGUGCGGGAGAUGGAGGGGGUGCUGAACCAGGUCAUCGAGACGGCGACUGAGGGAGGUGCCGCCGUCGGCACACUCGAGAAAAUAUGUCUGGACACCAUCAAGGGCAACAACCUGACGCAGUGCUACAUCGACGCCACCGCCGGCUGCAACAUCCAGGGCGACGAGGCGCCCACGUGGACCAUGCAGAGAUGGGAGAGAGUCAUGCAGGACAUCUACAAGUUGUGUGACGGGGCCUGCCCAAGCUUCCUGGAGAGAACCAUCAACAUCACCCAGUGUACCAGUCUCAUCCGAUUUGACUCCCUCUACGAGUCGUCCUUCGGCAACUUCUGCAGGUCUCUCAACGACAGUCUGGAGUGUGCCGCGCAGGUGACGGCGGAAUGCCCCAUGUUCGCCCGUCUCUUCUAUGACCUUCUGCCCCAGGGCGUGGACCAGACCGCCAACACCAUCUGUACUGCCGGCUGUGCUAACUUCGACGAGGCUAUGGAGGUGCUGGAGACCUGCAAGGCGCACGUGAUGGACCUGCCGGAGGACCUGGACACCGCAUGCAAGUCUUAUCAACAAUUCAAGUCGUGUCUGCACACGUCGCGAGUGCCGGUGACGUGUCCGAUGUUUGGGGCGUUGCUGCAGGUGCUCUACCCCCAACAUAUCUUCGGCCUGUACGAACAGCAGUGCGGCAUCGACAACACUACGACGUCGGAAACAGAACCUGACGGAGACGAAUGUGGUUCACGGGGCCAAGCGAGAGUUCAGCACUGCAUUCGGGUACUUGCACUUUCAUGGCCGAUGUCUGUCAACCAACCGGAAAUCACAGAACAGCAGUGCAGGGACUACGAAACUGGACUUCGUUGUCUUGACCAUGCCGGAUUCCAUCGGUGCAGCGUCCUGCGUCAGUUCUUCCACAACAUGACCUCCAACCGCCGUAACCACAUGGACGUUCUGCAGGACGAGUGUGCUGACUUCCUCACCCAGCAGCGGCAGAUGGAGGCUGGCGGGGUGGUGACCACAGUGAACCUCCUGCUGGUGGUGGGUGUGGCUGUGGUGUCCUGGGCUGCGAGUCUACUCUGAAAGCUUCCGGACCCAGUCUACCGGAAGUGCCUCCCCGACGUGCCUGUACAUAUGUGAAUAGACAGCUGUAAACAUAGCUUCAUUUAUAGUAUUUGUAUAUUUGAUAUAAAAUAUUGUAUAUAAUUUUGCAUAAUUUAUUGUAUGCCCUUAGAAGUCACAUUUGUUAUAAAUAAAUGAUAUGUUUCUA